AAUCAAACAUCUCAAGAAGAUCUUAAGCUAAGUUCAUCUUAGCGAUAGAUCUUUUUGAAGUUCAGAAGCCAAAGACUUGACAGGUUUGUUGCAAGAUGGCGGGAGGAGCUAUGGUAUCCACUGGGCCCAUCAAGAAUUAUUCCGGAGGGAUGACGGCCUUCGUGUUCGUCACCUGUUUUGUGGCCGCCUCCGGUGGUCUUAUUUUCGGAUAUGAUAUUGGGAUUUCAGGGGGAGUGACUUCCAUGAAUGAAUUUCUUGAGAAAUUCUUCCCCUCAGUGUACAAGAAGAUGAGUGCAGAAACAAAUAAAAGUAGUCAGUAUUGCAAAUUCGACAGUCAACUACUGACCACCUUCACAUCUUCACUCUAUAUUGCUGCACUGGUAGCUUCCUUCUUUGCGUCGGCAAUAACUAGAGUCUUUGGCCGGAAACUCUCAAUGUUGAUAGGAGGGACCGUGUUUCUUGUAGGUGCAAUCAUCAAUGGUCUUGCUAGCAAUGUGGCAAUGCUUAUCAUUGGUCGGUUACUACUUGGUGUGGGUGUUGGUUUCGGCAAUCAGUCUGUGCCUGUUUAUCUUUCUGAAAUGGCACCAUCAAAACUAAGAGGAGCACUCAACAUGGGCUUCCAAUUGGCCAUUACAAUUGGUAUUUUGGUUGCAAAUCUUGUUAACUACGGUACAAGCCAGAUGAAACAAAAUGGGUGGAGAUGGUCUUUGGCUAUCGCAGCAGUUCCCGCAGUUAUAAUGACCGCCGGCUCUCUUUUAUUGCCUGACACCCCAAACUCCCUACUUGAAAGAGGCCAUAUGGAGAAGGCGAAAUCGAUGUUGGAGAAGAUUCGUGGCACCUCCGAUGUCGACGAUGAGUUCCAAGACCUUAUGGAUGCAACUGAACACUCAAAGAAGGUUGAGCACCCAUGGAAAAACAUCCUGCAGCGUAGAUACAGGCCUCAGCUCAUCUUGACCAUUCUCAUUCCCUUCUUCCAACAGUUCACUGGUAUCAAUGUCAUUAUGUUCUACGCACCUGUUCUCUUCAAGACAUUGGGCUUUGGCGACAAUGCCUCCCUCAUGUCUGCUGUCAUCACCGGCCUUGUCAAUGUGUUCGCAACCUUGGUAUCCAUUUUCACCGUCGAUAAGUAUGGCCGAAGGUUCUUGUUUCUCGAAGGUGGUGUUCAGAUGAUUGUCUGUCAGAUUAUUGUUGGAGUGGUCAUUGGAUUGAAGUUUGGGGUCAGUGGUGAUGGAACACUGAGCCAGGGAUAUGCUAAUCUAGUCCUUGUCAUGAUAUGCCUUUACGUGGCGGCUUUCGCGUGGUCAUGGGGUCCAUUGGGAUGGCUAGUUCCCAGUGAGAUCUUCCCACUUGAGAUCAGAUCAGCAGGUCAAGCUAUCAAUGUAUCUGUUAACAUGUUUUUCACCUUUGUUAUAGCUCAGCUCUUCCUUACCUUGCUUUGCCACAUGAAGUUUGGUCUCUUCUUCUUCUUCGCCGCAUGGGAGAUUAUAAUGACAAUCUUCAUCUACUUCUUCAUGCCGGAGACUAAGAACGUACCAAUAGAAGAGAUAAGCAGAGUAUGGAAGCAACACUGGUUCUGGGGUAAGUAUAUCCCAGACGAGGCUAUCACCGGCGGCAUCCAACUCCCAGGGAAGACUGUUUGACUGAAUAGACAAAAUAGGAAGACGACCAAGAGGACUAGGGAGGCGUUUUAGGAAACGUUCCUUCUUCUUCUAAUAUUCAAUGUCUAUUCUAACACAAGAGAAGAAAUUGUUUUCUAAAGGCAGAAAAUAUUGUACACUUUCCUUCCUAUCAGCAUGUAUUAAUAAUUAUUUUCAUAAUUCAAAAUGCACCGCGUAUUCUAUGUUAA